CUGUGGGAAGAAUCGUCUUGUGGCACGUCCACGAAUCCUGCAAGUGUUGUGGACAGUACACAAAGACGAGGAUGCCACGGCGCCGCAAGUGCAGCGGCGACUCCAGCUCGUCCGUCAGCUCCUCAGGAGCGCCCGAGAAGCCGCUCCAGAGGAACGCCGCCAACGCUCGCGAGCGCACCCGCAUGAGGAUCCUCAGCAAGGCGUUCACACGACUCAAGACAACGCUGCCGUGGGUGCCCUCCGAUACGAAGCUGAGCAAGCUGGACACACUGCGACUGGCCUCCUCCUACAUCAAGCAUCUGGCGGCGCUGCUGGACGCCGACCCGGACAGCCUGGCCGACACCGUCUACCCCCAUCCGGCCCUCAUGAGCUGGCCGUACACGGCGCAGAAGGCGUGGUCCGACCAGACGGUGACGUCAUCAGGCGUGACACGAGUCCAGGAGGAGCCGUACCCGCCUGCCGAGUUCGCCUGCUACGCCGGCGGGCCGUACGACACCAACUACAACUGCCUGCGGUGAAGCGACGGCGGCGGUCGGCGCGGGCCGCUCCGCUGCCCGCGGUGGCGGCGCGGCACUUCGGGCGGCGUGGUGGCUGGACAUGCCACUGGCUGGUGACGUCACGGGCUGGUGACGUGCGGGCGCGGCGGUGGUGAGGAGGCCGCCGCCACACGCACCUGACGUGUGGAAAGUGCAUGACCGGUAUGGGGUAGAGGUGAGUUGAACAGGGUGUAAGGAAACGACUGAAUUUCUGAAGCGUUCAGUGAUUCAAGACGACUUACGAGAACGAGACAGUGUUGUCAUCGAUGCGCGCAUGUAUCGGGAUAAGCGGACGCAGACUACUCAGCCGCACUCGCGCCGCGCGCGGUCUUCUCGCGACCUUCAGAAAGUUGGUGAUAAUAUCGGUGUAGCGCUUAACUAAAGCAAGUGAUCGGUAUUACUAUCUGAGGGUGUUGGUAGCUGGCAGCUUCCUCUGCGUCCCGGCUGCGUUACUUUUGCUAUGACACCAGUUACAAUUGCCUCUGGUCAGCCUGUUGAUAUAGCCCGCUAGCACCAUGAAAUCUGAUUAUGUCCAAUUGUCUGUUGCAGUCAUGGGCGGGGCAUUUAGCAUGGUGAUUUGGUGGCGUCAUACGAACUGUCAUUGAAAUUAUCACGAUUGUAACAUUUUGCCAUGCUGCAUUUUGCCAUCUGGCAACAUAUCAUGGAUGCAUCGCCCCUUGUAUCUAUAUAUUUUAAUAAAUCGGUGUACUUUGG